AUGCAGCUGGAGCAUUGUCUUUCUCCCUCUAUCAUGCUCUCCAAGAAAUUUCUCAAUGUGAGCAGCAGUUACCCACAUGCAGGCGGAUCCGAGCUUGCCUUGCAUGAUCAUCCCAUUAUCUCGACCACUGACAACCUGGAGAGAAGUUCACCUUUGAAAAAAAUUACCAGGGGGAUGACGAAUCAGUCAGAUACAGACAAUUUUCCUGACUCCAAGGACACACCAGGGGACGUCCAGAGAAAUAAACUCUCUCCCGUCUUGGACGGGGUCUCUGAGCUUCGUCACAGUUUCGAUGGAUCUGCUGCAGAUCGCUAUCUGCUCUCUCAGUCCAGCCAGCCCCAGUCUGCUGCCUCUGCUCCUAGUACCAUGUUCCCUUACCCCAGCCAGCAUGGACCUGCUCACCCAGCCUUCUCCAUCGCCAGCCCCAGCCGCUACAUGGCUCACCAUCCUGUGAUCACCAACGGAGCUUACAACAGCCUCCUGUCCAACUCUUCUCCGCAAGGCUACCCCGCGGCGGGCUACCCGUACCCGCAGCAGUACGGCCAUUCUUACCAAGGGGCGCCUUUCUACCAGUUCUCCUCCACGCAGCCGGGGCUCGUGCCCGGCAAGGCUCAGGUCUACCUGUGCAACAGGCCACUCUGGCUCAAAUUCCACCGGCACCAGACCGAGAUGAUCAUCACCAAGCAGGGGAGGCGCAUGUUCCCUUUCCUAAGUUUUAAUAUUUCUGGUCUCGAUCCCACGGCUCAUUACAAUAUUUUUGUGGAUGUAAUUUUGGCGGAUCCCAACCACUGGAGAUUUCAGGGAGGCAAAUGGGUUCCUUGCGGCAAGGCGGACACCAAUGUACAAGGAAAUCGUGUGUACAUGCACCCCGACUCCCCCAACACGGGUGCCCACUGGAUGCGUCAGGAAAUCUCCUUUGGGAAACUAAAACUUACAAACAAUAAAGGAGCAUCAAACAACAACGGGCAGAUGGUGGUUUUGCAGUCCCUACACAAAUACCAGCCCCGCUUGCAUGUGGUGGAGGUGAACGAAGACGGGACGGAGGACACGAGCCAGCCGGGCAGAGUGCAGACCUUCACCUUCCCCGAGACGCAGUUCAUCGCCGUCACCGCCUACCAGAACACCGAUAUCACACAGCUGAAAAUAGACCACAACCCCUUCGCCAAAGGCUUCCGCGACAACUACGACACGAUCUACACGGGCUGCGACAUGGACCGGCUGACGCCGUCCCCCAACGACUCGCCGCGCUCGCAGAUCGUGCCCGGGGCCCGCUACGCCAUGGCCGGCUCCUUCCUGCAGGACCAGUUCGUGAGUAACUACGCCAAGUCCCGCUUCCACCCCGGCGCAGGAGCCGGCCCGGGGCCCGGCGCCGACCGCAGCGUGCCCCACACCAACGGGCUGCUCUCCCCACAGCAAGCCGAGGAACCGGGGGCGCCCUCCCCGCAGCGCUGGUUCGUCACCCCCGCCAACAACCGCCUCGACUUCGCCGCCUCGGCCUAUGACACGGCCACCGACUUCGCGGGCAACGCGGCCACGCUGCUCUCCUACGCGGCGGCCGGCGUGAAGGCGCUGCCGCUGCAGGCGGCCGGCUGCGCGGGCCGCCCGCUGGGCUACUACGCCGACCCGUCGGGCUGGGGGGCGCGCAGCCCCCCGCAGUACUGCAGCAAGUCGGGCUCCGUGCUCUCGUGCUGGCCCAACAGCGCGGCGGCGGCGCGCGUGGCCGCCGGCAACCCCUACCUGGGCGAGGAGGCGGAGAGCCUGGCCCCCGAGCGCUCCCCCCUGCCCGGCGCCGAGGACUCCAAGCCCAAGGAUUUGUCCGACUCCAGCUGGAUCGAGACGCCCUCCUCCAUUAAGUCCAUCGACUCCACCGAUUCUGGGAUUUACGAGCAGGCCAAAAGGAGGCGGAUCUCGCCCUCGGACACGCCGGUGUCCGAGAGCUCGUCGCCCCUCAAGAGCGAGGUGCUCGCCCAGCGGGACUGCGAAAAGACCUGCGCCAAGGACAUCGGCUACUACGGCUUCUACUCGCACAGCUAG